UGUGCCUCAAAUGUGCAUUUCAUCUGAGGUGUUAUUGCAAAUAAGAUCAUGGUUGUGAUGAGCUACAGAACCGGCCAAAGCCAUGAUGAUGAUAAAUGUAUAAUGUGUUCUAUUGCUUAAAUGUUGCAAUAGCAAUAGCAAUAUCCUAUUCCGAUAACACUGGAUGUGAAGCGAGAAUACCCUAGAUAGGAUGCCAGUCCAUCGUAGGGCACCAUACACACACCAUCAUGAAAACAUCAGUUGAGGGAACCUUUGGUGAGAAUGGUGCUCAUCACACCAGUACUUUUCCAGAGAUGUGUGGAAUCUACGUCAAGAUGCAUUGAAGUUCUAGUGUCUCAUGGUGGUCCAACAUCUUACUAUGAUUCAUGUUGGGGUUUUUUCUUUUUCAUUUGUCAUACAGUAUUUAAAAUAAGACAUGGUGAUAGAUCCUUCAAACAGACUUUCUCACUGUGAAAGUGCAGACCUCUGAGUAUUAUAACCUUGACAGUUUAGUUCUCACAGAAUGCUUUUCUCCCAGGAUUCUAAUCUCUAAAGUGGCAUUGGAUUUGUCCUUGGCAGAAAGUUUAAAAACAUGUCUCCCUUCUCGUCGCUCUGUGAGCCUUCGGACAUCGGCAUUUUCCUUCUAAUACCUGAGUGACUAGGCAGUCCUUUUCUCCUUGUCUCUGGAACAUUCUAGGCAGCAGAAACUGUAGCUAUGUCUUUUACCAGAGAUGUGUGUGUGGUAACAGGAGCGUGUGGCUUUCUAGGGGGAAAGCUAGUUAAGCUACUACUGGAGGAAGAGAAUCUUGCAGAGAUUCGUCUGUUAGACAGAUGUAUUCGACCUGAACUCAUACAGUCGCUAGAAGAUUGCCAGGGUGAGACAAAAUUGAGUACAUUUGAAGGUGACAUCAGGGACAGUGACCUGCUGAAGAAAGUGUGUAAAGGAGCAUCCAUCAUUUUCCACACUGCCUCUCUCAUCGAUGUCACUGGAGCUAUUAACUACAGUGAACUGUAUGAAGUAAAUGUGAAAGGUACCAAAUUGCUUCUAGAGGCUUGUAUCCAGGAGAACGUUGCUUCCUUCAUAUACACCAGUAGCAUUGAGGUUGCUGGGCCAAAUCAUCGCGGUGACCCUAUCAUCAAUGGCAAUGAGGACACAGUGUACAACUCUUGCUUAAAGUUUCCCUACAGCCAGACCAAAAAGGAAGCUGAACAGCUUUGCCUUAAUGCCCAGGGUGAAAUGCUUCAAAAUGGAGGCCAGCUGGCUACCUGUGUUCUCAGGCCAAUGUAUAUAUAUGGAGAGGGCUGCCGGUUUACUUUAGGCCAUAUGAGGGAUGGAAUCCAGAAUGGUGAUGUGUUACUGAGGACUUCAAGACGUGAAGCCAAAGUCAAUCCUGUGUACGUGGGAAAUGCGACUCUUGCACAUCUGCAGGCUGCACGAGCCCUGAGGGAUCCUGAGAGGAGAGCUGUGGUUGGUGGAAACUUUUACUACAUCUCAGAUGACACUCCACCUGUCAGCUAUUCUGACUUCAACCACGCUGUUCUGUUACCACUCGGCUUUGGCAUACAGGACAGACCCUUAUUACCUUUCCCCAUUCUGUACCUCAUCUGCUUCCUCAUGGAGGUGGUGCAAGUCGUGCUCCGUCCCCUUCUACGCUUUACCCCACCACUGAAUAGGCAGCUUUUGAUAAUGCUAAACACACCUUUUACCUUCUCUUAUCAAAAGGCCCACCAAGAUCUGGGAUACACUCCUCGUUAUAACUGGGAAGAGGCACGUAAACAGACUACUGAUUGGCUAGCAUCUGUCUUGCCCAGAGAAAGACAACAAAUCAAUAUGAAAUAAAAACCCGCAAUGGUGUACUUUUUGUUUCACUCAGUUUCAAAUAGAAUUUGGCUGCUUUAAAUAGUUAAAUCUCUUUCUACAUGCAAAAAUCUAAAAUCUUUCAAAUGUGAGGUUUUAAAAAGAACAACUUAUUCCUCUUAGGUGUUAGAGAACAUACUAGUAGCAGAAAAUAAUUAUUCAGCUCAUGUCAAGAAACCUUUAAUUAAGCUAAACAAAGCUAAAUUAGUUUGUUAAAGAGUGUUUUUCUCUUGUCUUAUUGUUUAUUUCUCUUUUUUUGCCAUGACUAUGUUUAAUAUUGAUCCAGAAUGUGGACUAUGUAAUAUGUGUAAAGAUUAUGUUAUUUGAAUGAUUUACUUUUAUUUGAAAUAAUAUAAUCAAUGCAAAAACAAAAUCAAUAAAAGAUAAACAUUGCAACACUGCACUUUUUAAGUUCCGACUUGAGUAUAUCUACACAAAUCAGUCCAUUUUAAUUGGAAUAACUUACAGUGCCUACACCAAGAUAAGAUUUGAAUAAAGUGUUUGAA